AUGUCGGCCACGACGCAGGAGCUGGAAAAUGACAUCGUGCAAAUGGAAGAUCGGCUUGCGAAUGUCAAAGUUGUUGCUGAAGUAGAGCGAGAAGCCUGGCGUCGGACUUCUCGUACGGGUAAGGACGGCACUAAAUGGAAGGGGGCUGCAGCUCCUCGAAAAAAUGAAAACGAGUCGAUGUCAUCGACUGCAACUACCCUCUUCGAAACAUCAGCAAAUGAUUCGAACUGGAAGGAUUUCCAGAGCGAGUAUGUGAAGCUGAAGAAACACCAACGGCGUUUAGAGAAAGCUUGUGCUACGAACCGGUCGCAGCCAGGAUCUUCUCGCUCUGUGGCGUCGUCGCACGAAGCGCAUGAUCGUCAGCCUCCAGCUUCAGCUGUGAGCUCAGCGGGCGCAGCACUCGUUUUCCCAUUGAUUUCGCCGCGGGCAUCUGCAACGCAAGCUCAGCAAAACACCGCGAAGCCUCCUACCUCAUCCAAGCCGUCGUUCCCACUACGUAAACCGGCGUCGUCUAACAACAUCCCGCUGGCCACUUGCUGGAACUGCAAGGCGCGGUUCUUCCGCCCGCAUAUCAAAAGGCCACCCACGAGAGCUUCUGCUACCGAUACAAACCAGCCGGUGUCAUCGUCGAUGCGAGCUUCGCUUCUGGCCCGAGCCUAUUGCUCCCAAACGUGCCAAGAAAGCAUCGAAUCCAACGAUAUCCGCAUCUCACCAUCACUCAGUGCGCGAGUGAAGGUCACUUGCAACUCCGCGAUUGAAGACAACACCAAGCCCCGUCGGCCGUCUCGUGUUGUAACUGGUCGCGCUUUGGCGUCUGCUAGCGAUCAACCAGGUCCAGAAUUGCUCGCUACAAGUGACGGCAUCAUGGCGAGUCGGCUUGGAGGCAGUUUAGAAGGAACGGAGAGCUCCUGCCCCCCACCGGAAGCCAAACGUUUGCGGAAGUUCAAUACGUUUACACGGCGAUCGUCUCGGCCGGAUGUGUCGUUGAGUGACUCGACGAACUUUGACUUCCUGCACGUAUCAGCUCCUCGUCGUGAGCCUGUUAUUCAAACAUCAACGUCACCACGACAAAAGUGCGCGGAAGGGCAUCCACCUGUGGCUACCUUUUACGGAUAUCGCAGUGUGCCUCGGUCUGUUGACGCUCGCGCUCCCGACUCCUUCUCGCUGUGUCCCUCAGUUACUUCACUAGCUGUCAACGCUCAUCGACCGAGUGACAAUCAAAGCUGUCUGCCUACUGCGAAGCCAUUCCCACCAGCUCUGACACUCAACAGCUCCAACUUCCACGCAGCACCCAACCAGUGCAAAGUGUAUCAGCAGGCGAAGUACAAGUUGGAUCCAGAAAUGUUCCAAGCUCACCAAGAGACUUUUUCUACCUGUUUUGGUGCAGUGCCACUGAACAAUCGAUCGCAAAACUUAACCAGCGGUCCGCGUGUCGUCGACUUUGGUCGUGGGAAUCUCCUCCGGCUUCAAGAGUUCCUCACUGUCCGUGGACUGCACCGCCUGAGCCUAACGUCACAUGCAUGGUGCGAUCUGAUCACAACGCCGUCAUCCUAUAGUGACGCGCUGUGGGGUGUGCACGCUCUAAGGAUGUGGAGACCUACUGAGGGUAGCGACGACUUCUUACUCGACAUUGGCGUGCUUAAGAAGCCCGAGCGACCCCGGCGAAUGCUGCAGAUACUUACGCGCCAAGUGUCUCGCGUUACGGUGGAAAACAUGAAGAUACUGCUCAAUCCUGAAAGCUGGCAGCUAGCGACAGUAAUGUCUCCACCGGGAAGCAAAACUAUUCAAUCGCUGCAAAAUGCUGUGGGGGGCAAGCGAGAUCUGCCAGCGACGUACGAUGAAGGGGGACUCUCGCCUCGUCGACAACGGACAGCUGAGUUGUUCGAACAGAUCAUAGUCAUCUACAACCGUGCGGGUGAAAUUGUAGCAGUAUGUGCUAGGCAGCUGAUUCGACCAGUAGACCCCAUGACAAUGCUCACGGACAUUUUGCAUGGCCUCAGGAGUGGAGAGCUCUGUCGCGUGCACUGUCGGCGUCUGCGGCUUUUUUCACAGACGAAUAGGUUGCCGUUUGAGCAGUGGACGCUGCUGCCGCACUGCAGUCGAAUCGUUGUAGAGUUUUUCUGGUCGGACGGAGAAGCGGAUGCCGCAGUCUGCUCACCCCCGUCUCUGCCUGUAUGGCACCAGAAGAUCCUGAGCAAGCUCCAACAUGGGCUGCAGCAGCGUCUGCUGGGCAAGGACAGCGUCAACGGCGUCAUCAAGCUUGCCCACGACCAGAAUGCUUCGACUGCCGUACUUUUUUUGCUCGAGAAGUUCCUUUCACGCUGUCAAUUCACCGCCAAAGGCUGA